GUUUAUAAAAAAUUAAAUGUGAUGAAGAAGGUGUUGAUAUCAGGCCUGGUGGUUUCAUUUUUGACAAUUCCAGUGGAAUCCAGGUUCGAAUUAAAUAAAUCACCGCAAAACGAAGAUUUCAUAUCAAAAGAUAUUACAGAAGUGGGAUUAAAUGUGUAUUUGGACGAAAUCGACUUCAUACCGAGAGAAGUCUCAGUAGUUGGAAAAAACGCAGAAGUUUGUAAAAGGUCACUUGAAAUAAAUUACGAAAAUGAUGUGUACGGUUUAUGUGAACAUUUCAACUGUGAUAUAAAGUUUAUUUCUUCUAUACCGUACGAUAACAGAGUAGCUCCCUUUUCAAAAUUACCAGAGAAUAUAAUAUUACCAAAUACUAAAAAUAUCACGGAUCAGCAGAGGAAAAAUUGUAAUUUAACCAAAUUGGCAGCACGUUGCAGUUCGUAUUUGAGGUUUGCAAACUGUGUAUUCGUUAAUUAUGUUGGUGGAUUCCGAAGCUCAGACCAAAGUAUAAAGCUCUCGCCCGAAAUAGAAGAAAGCCUUGGAAUAUACCCAAACAACGAGUUUGUAAAUAAGUAUUUCUCAGUUGGAGGUGGCCUUAUAGGCUUUCUAUUCAGUGAGUAUAUGCAAAAUAUAUGCAGUUUUGUACAUAAUGCCUGUAAAAUACAUCCGCAAUUUAAGGACCUAGAACACUAUUUUAGUUCCCAAGCUUGUGUAGUAUUUGAUUUUAUUACGCCAAUUGAAGGGCACAGGAAACUCUUUGGGCCACUGGUGCCUGUUGACCAACUUGACUUUUACAUUUCCAGGGAAAAGGAACACUUUGUUAGUUAUCAAAUAUAUAAACCAAGUAAUAUUAUUCUCUCUGAACUGAAUAUACCACUGCUAGAUCCGUUCAAUACUGACGUCCAACUUCAAGAAUACAAGGAUGCACUACUCAAACAUAGAUGUGAAUUGAUCAAUCAACUCUACAACAGAUCGGUUAAUUUGAAUUUGUAUUCGCCUUCGGGGAAAUAUCGAAUAUACGCCGCCUGUUUUCAGCUGGAAAAGUAUUACAAAAAGUGCGAUUUAUGUAAAAAAAUCGGGAUUAAAAAUACUAAAUCAUAA